AUGUGUUAUGUGGGUAAAGCUACAAAGAUCUUCAUCUUCAUUGUCACAGUGUUGGUGGUUAUCGGUCUUCUCUUGGGAUUUGGACUUCUCCGUCACGCCCUCCAGAAGACCCACAAAUGCUCUGGCGACUCCUGCCAUUCUUAUUCAUCUUCUCCGGUGGCGGUGCCCUUCCCCAAUCCUCUUUCCGUCCCACCUACCCCACCCAAUCCGAAUCCAAGUCCCGAUCCCGGCACCUCCAACCAGCCCAGCCCACCUAACCCUAACCCAAGCCUAAGCCCACCUCCACCGUACUCAAACCUAAGCCCACCCCCACCAUACUCUGACCCAUCUCCUCCUCCGCCUUCACCGCCGCUUCCUUCAAUGGCGGCGCCGCCAUCAAAUCUCCCGACUCCUGCGCUGGUGACACCCGGCCCUGUGCAUGAUAUAGGACAAUGUGGGUUGACGUUGUGGGCUGUUCCUGGUUCUGGUUUUUCGUUAACUGUGGAUUUGAUUUCCUCGAUUUGGAGCAUAUUUUUUGCUGCUGUUAUUACGAAUCUUUGGUAA